AUGAGAAACACGCUAUACAAAAUCGCACUGACCGGAGCUUUGUACAUGCUGUCUGAAGCAGCAAGCGUGCCUACAUCAUACACGCCUAUGUCACGAACGGUAGUGAUUGAAUCUCCUUUUGUGACUGAGAAUAUAAUCAUUACAAACGAAAUUGAGAAUGGUAUAGACGUGAAUACUACCUCUGAUCUUCCACUCGAAGAGGCCUCUUGCGACCCUGCAAACGAAAUUAUCAAGACAUACGUUACACUGGCGAACAAUUUGCUGACCGCUACUGGUCUGUUUACGACGCAAAAUCUGAGUUUAUUCGGACUUUCCGACAACCAUCUGGAUCCAUUGGAUUUUAACAAUGAAUUGAGCGUUACUGCUAGUAACAAGCUAUGCGCUCCACAGAAAUGCAUCUCAAUAUUCGGAAAGAACAUUUGUACACCCAAUCUAUGUGUGAGUGGUGAGGCUAAUGCGAUAUUGGAGGAUCUCCAUGGACUGAGCACCUUAAAGGCAGAUUCAGCCACGUGUCUUGAGGCACACUAUCUACCAGGGGAGGAUAGAAUAAACGCCACUGGCGUACUGAAACUCACCGUCGAUAGUUUGACUGGCAACUUUCAUGCGGAUGCCAGUGGGAGUGUACUGGGCAUUAAGAUCCCGGUCUCAACUACGGGUAACUUCACAGUAGUAGACGCAGCGCCAUCGGCCACAGUAGAUAUACAGCUCUCAUUCACAGAGGAGAAUGGACAGAGGUAUUAUCUACUGGAGGACUUGACCUUCGUCGACAUUGACAUCUUAUUUGAUCGUGUUAAAGUUGAUUUCGACGCUUUUGACGACAACACGGACGACACGUUUUCCAAUAUAGUGAAUCCGUUUGCUAAGCUACUUAUUGAGGGCCUGCACGGUGAUGGUGUGAUUGCGAAACCGUUAACGGAGUUGCUCAACGGUAUCAUCAAGGACGCUAUCCCCGAGGUCAACAAGUUCUUAGGAAGUAUAUCUUUCUGA